AUUGCGUGAUUUUUCAAGAAGUACGGUUCAUACUUUAAAAGGUAAUAUACAGUGUUACUGUCUUCUUCUCUUUCAGGUAAAUCACUUAAUGGAUUUAAAAUAUAUUAACUGUUUUCUAUACUUUACAUUUUGAAUUGAUUGCAAAUGAAGUGGCAUGGUUUUACUUUUGUAUCGGUUGAAUGGCUACAGAGGAAAAUACCUAUUUUCUACGAUCCUUUUUACUCCUCGUUGAAGGUGGUUUAUAUAGUUCAAGGGAAACUUUAGGACGAGAAUGUCAAAAGGCAGGUGGAAACCUGGACGCGCUACUGAAACAAUGUGAAAACAAACUGAAGCAUGAAUUUCACGGGAAGCAUUAUGAUAAACUUUUCCCCCAAUAUGGUACAACUGAUAUUAACAAAUGGGACUUACAACUGUCAGUUGGUGUGCUGAUCAAUGUCUUUGGACGUAGUCUUUCCUUGACUGAAAAGCAGAAAUUACGUGCCUUAAGAGAUUUGAGAAAUGAGAUAUACAUGCAUUGUGCCUCUGCUUCUCUUGACCAAAAGAAAUAUGAAGAAGUGCAGGAAGAAUUAGAAGACAUUAUAACCACUUUGGCAGCGACAUUUGACAAACCUGUACGAGAUCGUUGUUCCGCAUACAUAACACAGUUUGCUACAGGGCCAUUAGACGGAGUAAAACCAUCUAUAGCAACGUUGAAUGGAUUUAGUCAAACAUGUCAGAAAAAGCUCAAAAUUGGCUUACAUACAGAGCUGGUUGUAGGUGGUCCAUCGGAUUAUUGGAUAAAUCUGUGUGAACAUACUCUUGAUACGAUAUUAAACAAUGCAGAAAGCAUGGCAAGUGAAGGAGCUGGGUUUGAAGAAAUAGAGAAAAAUGUCAAGAAACAAGAAUGUUAUUGUUUUUUAGAAAUGUCCAGUUCUGAGGAAGUCGGACACAGGCAUUUAGAAAUUUCAUCGGAAAAUGACGAUCAUGCAAAACUGAUGCAAGGAACAGAAGAGGAGUUCAGUCAGAAGGCAGAAAACAAACAUCCGCUUAGGCUUGAUCUGGAAUGCACUUCAAAGAAUGGUCUUCUUCAUAUUUUGAAUUCCUUCAAAGACGAUGACUUCUCGGGCCACCUUAAAAGUGUAGCAGACAAAGCAUUUUGGAACAAAUAUCAUAUUGAAGGCAUCUUUAGAUGUUGA